AACCUUGCUGUGUAUCUGGAAAGUAGAAGUCCGACAGGGAGCUGUGGAGAAACAGGAGGAGCAGAAGAGCUUCACCCAGCUGGAGAGGCAUGAUGAUGAAGAAGAAGAGCUCAGGAGCAGGAGAAGUUCAGCAGGGUUCAACUGGAGCUGCAGUUUAGGGGCGGAGAGAGAGGGAGAGAGAGACAGGGGGAGAGAGACAGGGGGAGAGAGAGAGCUACACUAACCUGAGAUGUUUAUCUGUUAUUAAGCACAUCUUAUUAAUACUUUAGUGCACGUGCAGGGUCUCAACCCUCAGACCAGAACCACUUCCUAAAUAACUUCAUGGACCCUCAUUACCACUUCAGCACAGAUCUACUGUGAUUGGUCUGAAGGUGGUGAUUAGUUCUCUAUAACAGCAGCCCUGACAGUAGCGCAGGUUUAUAUUAAUGUGCUCUUUUUCUAAUAUGUCAUGGUUUCUAUAGCAACAGCCUGUUCACAGGGACGUGUAGGCCUACGGCGGACGCUCCAGUAAUAAUAAACAUAAAUGAUAUGGUGAAGUUUUCUUGAAGUAAGGAGACGUUUAUGUAAGAUGUAUGGAAGGAGUCUCCAGUGUCAGUGCUUUGUAACAGUUAGAGGUAAAGCUGUAACUGGUAGAGGAGUUCCGCGUCUUUAUGGUUUCACGUUAACACGACAAGCUGCGUUCUGGUUUUUGAGAGAGAGUAUAAAGAGAGAAUAAAGAGAGAGAACGAGUGGGGAACGAGUGUUUAUAGCUGCUAUAAGCAUAGCCCCUUCACAGAAUCAUCCUGGACAUGGUUCCUUCAUCAGCAGGCUACACACUUUCCUGUAAGCCCCUACUCCUCUCCGCUCCUCGUGUUCCAGGCUCUCAGUGAUCAGAAGGUGCUGUGUGUAUGUGAUUCCAGCCUCAUCCUCACGAUGGCGCCGUUCUACCGUCACUUCGCCAGUGGACUUUGUUCUCCAGGUCGUGUCUCAACAGAGCAAAGCAGCAGGAAGUGUCACCUCAUUCGUCAUGUCUUUCACAACGCGGCGUAACAGCACCGGGUCUGGAGGAGCUGACACUUUCAGCUGAACUUUACACACACACACACACACACACACAGCGCAGAGAGAGAGACAUACAGAGAGAGAGGAUCAGAGCUGUGACAUGGGUGUGUGAACCCGGUCAGGGGUGUGUGUGCGUGUGUGUGUGUGUGUGUCUGUAUAUAUGUGUCUGUGUGUUAGAUUAGAGUGAGAACUUGUUUGGUGGCGUGUGUUUGUUUGUUGUUAGAUGUGUACAGGUGUGUGUGUGUGAGUGUGUGUGUGAGUGUGUGUGUGUGUGUGUGUGUGUGUGUGUGUGUGUGCAGUAUGGAGUGUGUGUGGGCGGUGGUGAUUCCUGCGCUGCAGUUCUUCUUCAUGGCACUGCUGCUGCUCCUCAUGCUGCCGGCCAUGUUCGGCCUCUCGCUCGGCAUCACUGAGACCUACAUGAAGAUCCUCAUCAAAACACUGGAGUGGGCAACACUGAAGAUUCAGAAGAGCAACAGAGAGCAGGAGAUGCUGAAACACUCUACAUCAUCCGGUCUGAUCCAGCGUGAUGACUCGUCGUUGGAGAAGGAGCUCGAGGAGCUGCGUCGCACUAGGCCGCGGUCUGGGGUGGGCGGGGCCUUUGCGUUCAGUGACGUGUUCUACUUCAGUAAGAAGGGGAUCGAGAGCAUCGUGGAGGACGAGGUGACUCAGAGGUUCAGCUCCGAGGAACUUGUGUCCUGGAACCUGCUCACGAGAACCAACAACAACUUCCAAUACAUCUCACUGCGCCUCACCGUCCUGUGGGGGGUCGGGGUGAUCAUCCGCUACGGCAUCCUGCUGCCCCUCAGGAUCAUGUUAGCGUGUAUCGGUCUCAGCUGGUUGGUGAUUGGCACCACGAUUGUGGGAUUUCUCCCAAACUGCAGGAUAAAGGACUGGCUCAGUGAACUCGUACACAUCAUGUGUUACCGCAUCUGUGCUCGAGGCCUUUCAGCCACCAUCCACUACCACAACAGAGAGAACAAGCCGAGGAAAGGAGGAAUCUGUGUAGCCAAUCACACGUCUCCCAUCGAUGUGGUGAUUCUGGCCAAUGAUGGAGGAUACGCCAUGGUAGGGCAGGUCCAUGGUGGAUUGAUGGGCGUGGUACAGCGGGCGAUGGUUCGAGCAUGUCCACACAUCUGGUUUGAGAGAGCAGAGAUGAAAGAUCGCCACCUGGUGACGCAGAGACUGAGGGAUCACGUGAACGACAAGAACAAACUCCCCAUCCUCAUUUUCCCCGAGGGAACCUGCAUCAAUAACACGUCUGUCAUGAUGUUCAAGAAGGGGAGUUUCGAAAUCGGAGGCACCAUCUACCCCGUAGCCAUAAAGUACGACCCACGGUUCGGUGAUGCGUUCUGGAACAGUGGGAAGUACAGCAUGGUGAGUUACCUGCUGAGGAUGAUGACGAGUUGGGCCAUCGUCUGUAAUGUCUGGUACCUCCCACCCGUGACCCAGCAGGAAGGAGAGGACGCUGUGAAGUUUGCUAACAGAGUGAAGGCUUUGAUUGCGAGACAAGGAGGACUGGUGGACUUGUCCUGGGACGGUGGUCUUAAGCGAGCCAAAGUGAAGGACUCAUUUAAGCAGGAGCAGCAGAAGAUGUACAGCAGCAUGGUGGUCGGAGAUGACAGCAGCGACUGAACACUAAAAUCAGCCAAUCACAGACCUCCAAAACACCAGACCCUCCAAUCAGACCCUCAGAGACUUGUCUAACAUUAGACCCCUAAUAAAGACACAUCCGAGAACUGCAUGCAGGCGGCCAUGUUGGAUGCAGCGUGAAUGUCAUGCACUAUAUCAGAGUUCUCCCUGUGCGGAAUUUCUUCUCAGUGAAACAUGAUGAACUGGACGUUACGAUGUUUAUGUGGAAAUGUUCAGUCAGCUCCAGCAUGCAGAAGAUGGACUGUCCUGCACUGAUGGUGCUUCUCACUACAUCGACGUCUUCGUCCAGAAUUAUUUAUACCAAAUGAAUUAUAUGUAAUAACUGUAAUAUAUCACUAACAAAUAAGAACCUUCUUCCAGAAGCAGUGAUCAGAUCAGACAUUCCCAAUGCUGAACGUUUAACCUGCAACAUUACAGAAACAGAUUAAAGAUUAAAGAGGUGUGUGGUUUGUAAUGGUAGUUGUAGUGGACACCAUUAGAAUUUCUAUGAUGGUUUCUAUUGUUCUUUUUUUUCCAGCAUAUUUCAAUAUUUUGCAUAAAUAAUUGAAAUAUUACUAAUGUAUUCAUCAUUUAAAUGUUCUAAUUAAAUAAUAUUUUUACGAGUGA